AUGCCGGACCCCAAGGUGACGAAGCCGCUACCAGAUCUCGGUUUUGAGGUAUUGCACAAGUAUCCUUUUUUGUUUUCUGUCGCAGACUGCUGUAUCGGUUUCUUGAAUAUUCUGAGUGUUUUCACCGCUUUCAAACUGUACCUUCUUCACCGGCAUUGUGUGGGGUCGGGUGAACCAGAACUCCCAUGUAACAUUCCCGGUGUGAGUCGCUUCUUUUUAUCUGUGUGGUUAUGUAAGGAGAAUUGCCGUAUUGAACUGCGCAACGUUCAUACCAUUGCAUGGAUCCGUUUUAUUACAUCAUACGCACUCCUGCUACUCUCCCGUUCAGUUAUUAUGGUAGUGACGUCGCUUCCCAAUCCCGAUGACCUGUGCCAAGACCCGCCGAAAAUAGAAAAUCGUGUGAAAGAUGUCAUACUUACUGUUCUUACAGCUGGUGCCGGUUCCAUACACUGUGGUGAUCUCAUGUACAGUGGCCAUACUGUGAUUCUGACGCUUCAUCUCAUGUUCCACUGGAUUUAUGGGGCAAUGGUACAUUGGUCGUUUCGUCCUGUGGUGACUGUGGUAGCAAUUUUUGGCUACUAUUGCAUCGUUGCCUCUCGGUUCCAUUACACAGAUGACGUGUUGGUAGCUAUUUAUUUAACAAUUGCAACAUUCAUAGCAGUAGGUCACAACGCUGAUGGAGCUCCAUGGCAGCUGCAACUUUUUAUUCGCUGGUUGCCAUGUUGUGGUGCCAAUUCACGUGAAGUGACUGAAGAUGGCGUACCUGUUGCAAUCGUAAUUAAAAACGAAGAAAUGAUGAAUUUCGAGGGAAAGUCAUAG